CUUUAACAAUGACCAGGAUGACAUGAGUUUAGAUUCACUUUAUCAGCUUUCUGUACUUUAACAAUGUGAGGGUGUUGGAGUAGGUUUUGAUUUACAAUGAAGAUUCUUAUUUACUUCAUUUUCUGCUUGUUUGGUAAAGACACAAAGAUGCAAGAGUGAAGAUGGGGGACUGGAACUUUCUCGGUGGGAUUUUGGAGGAGGUGCAUAUCCACUCCACCAUGGUGGGGAAGAUAUGGCUGACCAUCCUCUUCAUCUUCCGCAUGCUAGUGCUAGGAGUGGCGGCGGAGGAUGUAUGGAAUGAUGAACAGGCUGAUUUUAUCUGCAAUACAGAGCAGCCUGGUUGCCGCAACGUGUGCUAUGACAAAGCAUUUCCCAUUUCCCUUAUCCGCUACUGGGUGCUGCAGGUAAUUUUUGUGUCUUCACCCUCACUGGUGUACAUGGGCCAUGCCCUCUACCGCCUCAGAGCCCUCGAGAAAGAACGUCAGCGCAAAAAAAUGGCAUUGAGACGUGAACUUGAGGCAGUGGACUUGGAGAUGGCAGAGGUACGGCGCAAGAUUGAACGUGAGCUUCGGCAGAUUGACCAGGGGAAGCUAAACAAAGCUCCACUGCGAGGGUCCCUGUUGCGCACCUAUGUGGCUCACAUAGUCACCCGCUCCGCAGUAGAGGUGGGAUUCAUGACUGGACAAUAUCUUCUCUAUGGCUUCCAACUAAAUCCGCUAUACAAAUGUGAGCGGGAGCCCUGUCCAAAUGCGGUGGAUUGCUUUGUGUCUCGACCCACUGAGAAGAGUGUCUUCAUGGUGUUUAUGCAAUGCAUAGCUGCCAUCUCAUUGUUUCUCAAUAUUUUGGAGAUCAUGCACCUUGGCUACAAGAAGCUGAAGAAGGCCAUCUUAAACUUUUACCCACAGUUGAGGGACGAUAUCGAUGACAGCUACUAUCCCAACAAAUUGAAGAAAGAUUCUGUGGUGCAUCAGACAUGCAUCGGGACCUCCACUGGCCGCAAAGCCACGAUUGCAUCAGCACCCAGUGGCUACAACCUAUUGCUGGAGAAACCAACUGAUGGAUCUGCCUACCCUCCUUUGAUUAACCCAUCCUCCAGUUUCUUGCCUGUUCAGGGUGAUAUGCCAACUAAAAAUUGCUCUGAUGCCCCAAAGUACUCACAGCACAGUCCCACUGAGCACAACAGCAAUUCUAACAAUACUAGCAGUGACACACGCUCGCCACCUUGUGACUCCAUUACACCACCAAAGCAAGAGGAGGGUGACGAUUCUGCCCACAUACCUCCACAUAAUAAAGAGCUGGAGUCCAAGACUUCAAACUCCUCAAGCCACCCCAGGGAUUCUUCUCACACAUCAUCUGGUGUGGGAAAGAAGCCAUGGAAAGUCAGUGCACCCUGGAAUUGCUCGACAGUUGUUGAAGGUAACGUCUCAGACUCUGAUUCUUUGGAAGGCGCAAAAGCCAGCUGUCCGUAUGCCACUGUGCGGGCACGUACUUCAUCCAGGUCUGACCCCAAAAGAAGUAGGCCCACCACUCCUGAUUCAAUCGAAGAAUCCAGCUCAGAGUCCCGGCAUAGUCCACAACGAUUGUCCCCAAGUCGUCGCACCUCAUUGGCCAGCAGUGCCAGUAGCAGACGGGCAGCUCCCACAGACUUACAGAUAUGACAACAACUUUUAAGUCUAUUCACUAUUAAAGAUUAGUUAUUAAAUUACCUACAUUUCAGGAUAUUCACAUUACAUUUUUGGCAAGUUUUUUAUAUAUUUCUGGACAUUUCCUUUAAAUAAUUCAUAUUUUUAAUAAUGUUGUUAUUUACAGUGGCGAAUUCUCAGGGCCAGCAAAGCCUACUCUGCUGGCCUAACAUGCCAAAUAAAUCAAUAUUUUUCAUCCUUUCAUUCUCAAUCACCUUCUUGCCUAUGUAUUUUUAAUUGCUUUCCACUCUCAAUUAAUCUACAAACAGAGAAAAUCGAAAAGUGUAUCCAGUCAGAAUUUAUUCCUUGUUGCUUACAAGCAAAUCGAAUGCUCGAAGCAGCGCGUGAGUUUGAGCUCCACCCCUCAAGCCUUCAGAAUUUCUACAGAAAUCCCUCAACAGUGCAAAUGAAUGGGCAACUAAAGUCAGAUUGUCAGAUUCAUCAGCCAAUCAGAUUUAUUUAUUUGUUCCUGGUGGGUGUGAUCUUUAGGAUAUGUCCCGUUCGCGGCCUUCUAGCUGGCCUUGAGAGACGCAGUCACGCUUUAAGUUACGUAAUUCAAGAGCGAAAAGCAGGAGAUCUAGCUGACAAGUUGGCUGUCACUUCCACAUCACCACUGAGAAAGAGAUCCUUAUGGAUUUAAAAACACGAGAUGUUCUGCAUGACCGUGUGAUUGCUUAAUUUAUUAAACAGGAAAGGAGGACUGAUUUUCACUUCAAGUAAAUUGGUAAGUGCUUUUUGCAUUGUUAUAGCAACAUCAGGAGUUUUCUAAGUGUAAAUUAGGCUGCUUGAGCAUUCAGUGUCGGAUCAAGUUUUGAAAAGUAGUGCUGCAUUCCAUUCAACUCGGAAAGUCGGAUUUUACAACUUCCUACUUGGAAAAGUGCAAUGGAAUGCAUCUUGAAGUCAGAAUUACAACCUGUAGGCUCCUGCAGAAAUUCUCAACUCUGAUUUCGCCGAGAUGCAGGGGCAUGAUGUCACACAAACAUGUGGACACUCAGGGAGAAGUGAUAAACAUUCACUUUAAGUAAUAUCGAUAAAUUAGUUCGUUUCCACAUUACAUGAUAUUAAAGCUUGUUUAACAAGCGCCUGCAGAAACAGGUGUAUAAAACUUUAUAAUCUCUUUUGAUAAUCGUACACCUGAAGCACAAUUGCUAGCCUGCAGCAUUGUUUAUCGGUUGGGUUGCUAGGAGACAUCUCUAAUGAGAGUCAAACCUCUGCUAAGCUAACGGGAACAUUGCAGUUUUGUUCCCUUAAAUGUCAUCUUCCAAAUAUCGGGGGAUUGGAAUGCAUUUAUGGUCAGAGAUAUCAAGUAGGAAUAUCCCAAAUCCAACUUGAAUGGAAUGCAGCAUAACCAUGUACCCUGAUGAAACGAAAUUUAUUGCAAGCAACAUUUAAAUCUCAAAUAUUAUUAGAUAGAUUUUCCCAGGUAUUAUAGACCUCUUUGGUAGAUUCAUAUGAAAAAUUAUGAUUUUUGAAUGUCUGUUCGGGAGACGUUAAUUUCACAAAACAGUCAUGCUGCAGUUAAAAUUAGGCUUGCUUGAGCAUUAAGUGUUGUUUCAAGUUCUGGCUUUCGUGAGUGGACGUGUUUUUAAAAUGUCAGUUGGUAUUAUUAGUUAGCUGCGACAUAAUGUGUGAUGCCCAAAGGCAUAGGAUGUCUUAUUCAUUGUGAAGCUGUGUUUUCUUAAUGGCAUGAAUUACACUGAAGGCCUAGACUUUAAAUGUACGGCCUGCCACUGGUUGUUAAUGUCUAAAAAGCUCAGACAUUAAAGUUUUCCCAGUUUAUAAAUCAGGACAGAAAGACAGAAAAUUCAAAAGUGCAUGAGCUGUAUUUUCCAUAUUACACCAGUUGACUCUUUUAAUGUGUUAAAGUGUUUACACUUAAUAUAAAUAUUUAAAUAUAUUGUAGUUGUUUUCUUUACAUAUCAAUUUAAGAAUGAUUAGCAAUAUAUUUCAAUAAAGAGUAGUGACUAAAAUAGAGAACAACCUGUUCAAUGGAUCGUCAGUUUGAUUAUUUACUAAAUUUGAACAAACACUUUCAAAAGUGAUUUGUCCUGUAUUUGUUACAGGUACAUAAACUGGUCACAACAAUUACAGUGCAGUCAUGCCAAAUUUUAGAUACUUCUCUGAAAAUCCAAAGCAACUUACUGUGCAUUCAAUGUAUACAUUUGAUCAGUUUGUAUGUUCCCUGGGAAUCAAACCGAUAAUCUUGUUUUUGUAAGCGCCAUGCUCUACAUGAGCUAUAGGAACCCAUUUAAGGACAAUCAUCAUGUCUAAACAAGGUUUCAACAGUGGGAAUAUGUAAAGUCUCAGAAAGAUAUAAAAAAGUAGAAAACAUUUUUGCUUUUUGCUAGCAAGAUAUGAAUGGGCAACUGGGCAAUCUUUAAUGAUCAUGCACUUUUUACCAGCAGGAUGAAGUUGGCUUAGUAACUACCACUGCUAGUCCAAUUUAUACGUUUGUGAAAUGUUCCAGAUCCUACAGUGGAAGACGGCUAAUAGAAAGUUUAGGCCUGAACGGAACUUUCUAUUACAUCACUAAAUCCAAAUAUGCAUACUACUUGUGUAUUACUGUUUUUUUGUCUGUACAUCUAAGUCUGAUGCCAUUAAUGUCAGCUUUAAAAUGUUGUCAUCUCUUGUUACAUGUCACACUAUGGCUUUAAACUAUUUUUCAUAAAUUUGUA